GUAUCCACUCAGCCGCUGUGAUGUGAGGAAGCCGUAAGCCUUCCUUCCAUCCUACUCAGUCUGCCCUGGACUCUCGGCGCUCUCCUGUUUCACUGGCUUCUUCGCCUGUCUGUCUGCUCUCCAGUGGCGUUUCACUUAGCACUGUUCAUCAGCACCAAGGAUACACCAGAGGAGGACACACUAGCCGGCCGGCUUUUUGCAAACAAUUAUUGUGGCAAAAGAGCUAGAAAGUGAGAAGCUAGUGCUGCUGAGGCGUCGAUAUUUUCCAAAGGAUUUCAAAAACAAGCUCCAGAGGCUGCUCCGCCAAAGCGUUGUCGAUGACUGAGAUCUCUGCAUGCCAUGAUGGACAAAAAAAGUGCCAAUGGCUUUCAGACAACGGCCAGUGAAGGCGGUGUUCAGAGAAAGCAAGUGCCCUACUCUGUGGAAACUCCUUAUGGCUUCCACCUGGAUUUGGAUUUUCUCAAAUACGUGGAUGAUAUCGAAAAAGGCAAUACCAUCAAAAGAGUCCACAUCCAACGUCGGAUCAAGGGUCCUCCUAAAUUCAGUACACUACCCAGAAAUUUCAGUCUCCCAGGGCAUGGGAUCCGUCCAGCCCCUAAGGAUAGCCCGUGGUCUGGGACAUCUACCUUGGGGCCAAAACCUAAAUUACGGCUAACAGGGGUUCCGCAGAUCUCUGAUCUGAAAGCAAACGAAGGGGGAACUUUAAGCCGAGUGACAACCAACCAGGCGGCCAAUGUUAUUUCAGCUCGACUUCGAGAUGAAGGACUUCUGGGCUCUCCGAGUAUUGAAGAGAAAAUGAAGGGCACUCAGAUGCGUCCCAAUUUGCUUCGAGCGUCAAGUAUGCCCGUCACGUUGCAACAACGGAAAGGUUCCGACUCAAGCAGUCCAGACCGUAUUGUGGGAACGCCAGAGAACGGUUCCACUGAAAAUGUUUUCCGAGCGUCACCAGAUAUAGCGGAAAGAAGAAGCGCUCCCCAAGAACGAGUGGGAAUUCACCAGCAGAUCACGGUGGCUUUGAAGCGGGUCAGAGAGCUUGAAGAACAGGUCAAAACCAUCCCGGAACUAAAAGCUCAGAUCUGCUCUCUAAGGUUGGAGAGGGAGCAGCUGCUAGGUCAGCUUCAAGCCCAGCAAAAGGCCCAGGCUGCGACAUUAGCAUCUAAAACGGCCCCACGCGAUGAUGCCCAACCACGAGCAAGCAGACAAGGCUUUAAUUUGUCCCUGACGCCACAACCGCCUCAGAAUAUAAUAACAAGAAAGGAAAAGAAGCAGGGGAGCUCAGAGGCAAGCAUGCUUGAGAAGGAGGCGUUGGUGAAGAAUGUGGCUCAACAAGAAUCCAUUGUUCAGUCAGAGCUCCCAGGAAUAUGCCACCAACACAAAGAGACCGUAGGUAGUCCACUUGAACACGCAGGGCAGGACGAAGGCAAUUCAACCGAAGGAGAUCAUUCAGGGAACUCCAGUAGUGUACAGCAAAAGCUUGUAUUACUCGAGGCUAAACUUCUUAAGGCUAGCCAGGAACUGGAGAGAACUAACGACAUGUUGAAAGAACAAAUAGUGGAGAACCAAGUGAAAAAUGAGAAAAUACUGCAGCUUAGUGAGGGAAAAGGAGGAGAGGUGUCUCCAACAGAACCGCACAGCAGACCGAGAAGAGAAAGUAUAGACACAGGGACAGAGACUGACAGAGUAGACUAUGCCAACCAGGAAACAGAGACAGAGUCCCCCGGUACAAUCGAUCAAGGAACCGAUACUGAAAGAAUCUGUAUCGAAUUGUCCGUUCCCGUACCGAGAUCUGGAUUGAUCGAUAAAGAAACGGAGACGACCAUUGUGGAUACUCAGGACAAAGUGACAGAAGUUGCCUCAGAAUUAUUGGAGAGUAGCCCAACAUUGCCCGUCGUCAACAGCAUGGAACAGGCUACCGUCACUGAAAUAGCCACCCAAAAGAAUCAGACGAUUGAGACAACCACUAUCGCUAAAUUAGAGGAAGACACGGACUAUCCACAGAGGUCAAGGGCCAGCAGCGUUGAUAGGGGGACAGAGACGGAGAGGGUGGACACAGUGGACAGGCUGACAGAGACAGAUGUAGCACAGAUGAACGAUCAGCAGACUGAGACAGAAGUGGAAAGACCUCAGAACAACAAUCCAGUCAGAAAUGCUCAAACAGAGACUCACGGCGAUGACAUUACAGCCAAUGAGUGGAAUGAGGAGAACAUUAGGCUCAGUGAAAGUGAGGAAGGCAAAACAAUAAAUGAAAGAAUCCAGGCAGAGAACAGAAGUGUUGAAGCUGUUACAGAUAGUCCUGAUGGGAUUAAGGAAAAAAGUGAGGCUUCCGAUUCUGAUAACCAAACCCAAGAAAGUAGACGAUCACAAGUUGGAACAGGAGAACUAGCAGAAGCUGUCACAGAAGUAAACCUCAUGCAAAAUAACUCAAGAUUACUUUCAGGCAGUCUUGAAACACACACUGUAGGGAGUACUGUCACUAUUGAAGUAGCAUCAGAGCGAGCCUCCGUGAAGACAGGAGUUCCAGUAAGACCUCAGAGAGGUCGUAGGCCAUCCGCAGAUCAGUCACAACCGCCUGCUCAGCCUCAAGCUACUCCUGUGUGUCCCCGUAGGGGAUCGGAUGAAAUUCAAGGUCAUCCUCCAAAGGCCUCCGCCGAACUCUGUGAGCCACAAGUCAAACACCAAUCCCCAUCUCAGGCUCAGUCUGUGGACAACACUACAGACUUAGCAUGUGAAAAAGAAUCCCAACGGCAACCUCAAAGUGACGUUCAAAGCCAAUCAUCAGGCACCAAGGAAGUCCAAACGCGACCAAAAUCGAUCCAAGCUCCAUCUAAAAGUACAAGUCGCCGGGAUUCAAAGGAGCUGAAAGCAGCCACGAGAGGAUCGCAGCCUUUAAGACGCGGAUCCGGCGACGGCCGCACACGCCGCUCGUCGGGUGACGUCCAACCUCAGUCUGGAAGAUUGUCCGAUGAGAGUCAACCGCUGAAGAGAGAACCUGAAUCACAAACGUUACGCAGAGGCUCCAGUGAAACAGUUCAGCACCGCAGUUCCGCUGAAGCCGCGGCGGCCUCACGUCGCGAUACCGACGAAGCGCAGCAGCCACGCAGAGGCUCGAGCGAAUCACCCACUUCGCCUGCGGCUUUGGGUCAAGUGGUAACCCGGAUAACGGGGCUUCUGGGCGAGCAGUGGGCUCAGUUGGGGAGCAGCUCCGGAGCGCAACCGUCCGUCAGCCAGCAGCAGCAGCAGCAGCAGCAGCAGCAGAGUGCCACGGCAGAGACGGGAAAGGGCGCCUCGGCCAAGCCUGGGGGAAAAGGCGCCGGGAAGCCUGCCCCCUCCAAGAUGAGCUCCAUUCAAAGUCAGUUGGUCAGUUCCCUGAGUGUUCUUUCUGCCUUUUACUCACCAAGCCAAAAAACUGCUGGCAACAAACAGCAAGAUCAAGGUCUGAAAUCUAUUAUGAAGAAAAACGGGGACGCUGACAAGAAAGGGAAUAAGGGAACCAAGAAAAACCUGAAGUUUGUCGGAGUGAAUGGAGGGUACGAGAGCACGUCCAGCGACGAGUCCAGUGGAGAGGAGAAGGCCAAAAUGGAUGUGGAGGGGGGGAGCUUAGAGGCAGAGGAGGAGAAAGAAAAGGAGGCCACUUCAGCAGAAAAGCCUGAGGAGGGAGCAGAUGCGCAGAGCAAAGAUGCAGAAGAAGGUGCAGUGGCAAAAGACCUCCUGGAUCCCCACACCAGCCAGGAGCUCCUGGGGGAAGAGGCUGAGGGAGAAAAAGUGGACAAGAGCUUUAUAGAUGCUUGCCUUUAUGUAAAGGAUCGCAUGGAGGAGGUCACAUCUCCAGAUAAAGAAAUGCGUCAGGUUUUAGUGGUCCUCUACCAGGAAUGGUUCAAAGUUUCCAGUCAGAAAAGCUCGCAGGCCGAUACGGUGCGAUUGUACCUGCGCCAAGUGGGCUUGACCACACCGACGCUCCUGCCGUACGUUGUGAACCUGACGGACGGCAACGGUAAUAUGGCUCUCCACUACAGUGUGUCGCAUUCAAACUUCCCCGUGGUCAAACUGCUGCUCGAUACCGGACUCUGUGAAACCGAUAACGUGAACAAGGCGGGCUACACUCCAGUGAUGCUGGCCGCGCUGACGGCUGCGGAGAGUCCCGACGAUUUAGAAGCGGCGCAACAGCUCCUUGGACUGGGUGAUGUUAACGCACGCUCCAGACAGAUGGGUCAGACAGCCCUGAUGCUGGCCGUGAGCCACGGCCGCCUUGCCAUGGCGAAGCUCCUGCUGAGUUGUGGCGCCGACGUAAAUGCUCAGGAUUGCGAGGGCUCCACAGCCUUGAUGUGCGCCAGUGAGCACGGCCACACUCACAUUGCCCGCCUGCUGCUGGAGACGGGUCACUGUGACACCAGCCUCACGGAUAAGAAUGGACAGACCGCAAAAGAGGUGGCAGAGGGAGCUUCCCACACAGAUGUUGUUGACCUAAUCAAGGCCCAUGGCCAGCCUGAAGACAAAGCUGGGGAAUGAUGCCAGCACUCUGUCCCUCUCUCUCUCUGCAAAUGUGCUCUCUGUGGCUGCACACAAGCAAACUUUGGAGACACUCAAGCAUGCCCAAACUUUGUUCCUCCACAUUGCAGCCAACACUUUGCCUGGGGUUUCCAUAGAUACAUAUGCUGCAUCAACCACCCAGUGGACACCACGAGAAUCGCCUUGAUUGAUUCAACAGGUCACGUGACAGUGAGAGGAAUUUCCAAUCGGAUGAGAAAGAUAACUGCUGCCUCUUUAUAAUACGCUUCAGAAUUCAAGCAUAAUACUAAGCACAGAAUCUACCUUUUGAGUCAAUCUAUACAGUAUGUAAGAUAUUCACCAUGCUAUUCAGCAUUUCCUUUUUCUCCCCAUGAACAUAUUUUUGAAAGGUAGACAUCACAAUAUUUCAUCAGAUUACAAAUAUAUUCCAACACAGAGUCUGUAUUUUCUACUAUGUUCCUAUUUUUAUUUUUGUAGAUAUUGUUUUGUAAAUACUCAAUGCCCAGGCCUUUAGCUGAAUGAUUCAAACAAAUUUAAAAUAACAAGAAUAAUAUAGUUGUUUCCCAUCACCCAGCUGAUAUUUUACAUGUAUUCAGUGUCUUAUUUUAUAAUAAUAAUAACAAUGAAAUGUGAUUUGCGUGUGUAUGUGUGUGUGCGUGAAUUUCACAAGAAACACUGAUGUUUCAAUCUCGACGAUAAUGUCGGUAAAAAAAAAAAAAAAUUCAAACAGUAUAACAUUUACUUUAUAACGAUUAUUGCUGCUGUCGGGCUGAAAACCUGCACCUCUAAAAGAGUCACUGUUCAGGAGAAUGGCAUAUUUGUUCAACCAAAAUGUUGCAUUACAGCCAUUGCAAAAAUAACAGCCACAUGUGUGGAAUGGCCAACAGUAUAGAUUUUUAAACAAUAUAUCAAAUUGACCAAAUUGUGACUUUGACCUCUUUUUCUUCAAAGAAGAUUGUAUUGUGCAGAAAGGCCAAUGGUUUGUUUUGUUGGCUGUCAACAGCUGUUUAUGACACUCCUCAGCGUCAAUAUUAUGUAGUCAUUCUUUUUCUUAGGCUAUCCAAUAUAGUGAAUGUAUGACUGGCUUAUGCAUUCCAAAAUAUGAAUAAUAACAUCAAUCAGCAAAUGUAGCAAUGAUAACUAGCUCCCAGUAUCCAUGGCAGAGAUGAACUUGAAUAAAACUUGAGACUGUAUAUAGAGUAUAUGAAAAUGAGCACAUUGUUGAACUCGUAAGGAAUGUUAAAGAAUCUAUAAAAUUACGAAUGAAAGUGAAGUUGAGUCAUGUCAUAUGUGACUGUAAUGUAGAGGUGAGGCUUCUCUGUUAUGCUCUUUCAACAAGCCAGUGUUCCUUCAAUUUCUCCAAGCAGGAGUCUGAUGAGACAUUUCCCCCUUAUCAUAUAACACAGGUUUGACCUUGGUAACAAAAAAAAAAAAAUCAACCAAACUGUUUUCUUACUAAUGAAUCGGUUUUUAACACAAACAUUUCACCACACGUCAACAAGAAAAUAGCUCUCUCAUGGUGAGUGCAAACGUUCAGUGCUUUGUACAAGCUAAUAUGUAUUCAUAACUGUGCUUAUAUAAAAACACAUUUGUAGGCUUAGAAAGAGUUAUUGGAGGACAUCAAAUAUGCUAAUACUAUCCAAGAUAUACUUUGAAUAGCUCAAGUCGGCAACGCAAAUGAUUUUCACGGGUGGCAAUCGCACAAUCAUUGGAACAUGAUGUGACACGUACCUAUUGUCUCAUUUGUGAUUUUGUGUAUCAGUGCGCAAAUGCUAUGAAUUUGGUGCCUCUCAUCUUUCAAAAUAUGCUUCCAUUUGUGUUGUGAAAAGAUGUUGUAUCUGAUCUUCUGUGCCAUUCAUGGUCUCUAUGAAAAUGUCCAACACGUCUAAUCCGGUGUGACAUGCUACGAAGGUUUUGCUGCCAAAGACUUCGAAUUCACAGGAGUUAAAUAUGUAUGUAUUUGAUUUGUUCUUGUAAUGCCAGCCAAACACAUGUAUGUAUAUAAAGUCUUGUGAAAACUAUAUAACCUCUAGCGUCAAACAAUAUGCUCAACGAAUAAUAUGAAAUAUUUAUUUGAAAUGAUAUAGAUUUUUACCAUAUAGUAAAGUAUGUACGUAUGCAUGGACAAUUUAUUCCAGUGAUUGACCUUUGACAUUGAGCAGUGGCUAAUGAUCUUUGGAGUGAGUGGUGGCUGGUGAAGUAUUGGUGACUCUUUCAUGUGCCCUUCCAUGUUACCAAUGACACGUUACAUCUAUUAAAAGUAUAUUGAAGAGAGUAUGCUGAAAAGCAUUGAACAUAAGAAGCUAUAUCUUUAUGUAUUAUCUCAAUGAGCUGAUAUGUUGGAAAGCAGAAAAGUAUUUCACAAUAAAUAUACAAAACUUUAAAA